CCACCCAGCCUGGGUGGUCAGGCACCCGUCUCUGGGCUCCUGCGGCUCCCUGGAUUUUCCCAUCCCAGACUGGCCACUCUGGAUGGCUACGACUUCCCGGCUGUUCUGCGCUGGUUCGCGGAGCGCGUGGACCUCAUCAUACUGCUCUUCGAUGCUCACAAGCUGGAGAUCUCGGACGAGUUCUCGGAGGCCAUUGGCGCCCUGCGAGGCCACGAGGACAAGAUCCGUGUGGUGCUCAACAAGGCCGACAUGGUGGAGACACAGCAGUUGAUGCGUGUCUACGGGGCGCUCAUGUGGGCGCUGGGCAAGGUGGUGGGCACGCCCGAGGUGCUGCGCGUCUAUAUCGGCUCCUUCUGGUCCCAGCCCCUGCUGGUACCGGACAACCGGCGCCUCUUCGAGCUGGAGGAACAAGACCUUUUCCGGGACAUCCAGGGCCUGCCGCGCCACGCGGCGCUGCGCAAGCUCAAUGACCUGGUGAAGAGAGCCCGGCUGGUGCGGGUUCACGCCUACAUUAUCAGCUACCUGAAGAAGGAGAUGCCCUCCGUGUUUGGGAAGGAGAACAAGAAGAAGCAGCUGAUCCUCAAGCUGCCUGUCAUCUUUGCCAAGAUUCAGUUGGAGCAUCACAUAUCUCCCGGUGACUUCCCGGACUGCCAGAAGAUGCAGGAGCUGCUGAUGGCUCACGACUUCACCAAGUUCCACUCGUUGAAGCCGAAGCUGCUGGAGGCCCUGGAUGAGAUGCUGACCCACGACAUUGCCAAGCUCAUGCCCCUGCUCCGGCAGGAGGAGCUGGAGAGCACGGAUGUGGGUGUGCAGGGGGGCGCUUUCGAGGGCACCCACAUGGGUCCCUUCGUGGAGCGGGGGCCCGAUGAGGCCCUGGAGGACGGCGAGGAGGGCUCGGAUGACGACGCCGAGUGGGUGGUGACCAAGGACAAGUCCAAGUAUGAUGAGAUCUUCUACAACCUGGCGCCGGCCGACGGCAAGCUGAGCGGCACCAAGGCCAAGACCUGGAUGGUGGGUACCAAGCUCCCCAACUCCGUGCUGGGCCGCAUCUGGAAGCUGAGCGAUGUCGACCGCGAUGGCAUGCUGGACGACGAGGAGUUCGCCCUGGCCAGCCACCUCAUCGAGGCCAAGCUUGAGGGCCACGGGCUGCCGACCAACCUGCCCCGCCGCCUGGUGCCACCUUCCAAGCGGCGCCACAAAGGCUCGGCCGAGUGAGCCAGCCCCCGCCCCACCCUUGCCUGCCCGUUCCUCCCUCUUGCCCUGCUGUGGCUCCCCAGCUCCGGAUGGCUGCACACACAUCUCCACCCCCGGCCCACAAGCGCGCUGCCUGCCCACUCUCCCAGCUGUAAGGAUGGGGGUCCCACUGCCCCCACUCCCCACUGUCAGACAGUGGGGACCAGAGGAGGGGCAAGGCUUCUCUGCCCACUCUUUACACCUCUACCCUCACGUUACACUUAGCACAUCAUUCCACACUUAACACACAGAAGCACCCGUCCGUGCCUCAUUCAUUCACGUAUUUAUUGAGCACCUUCUAUGUUCAGGGCUCCUUCUAGACACUGGGGAGUAAAGCAGACACAUUUAUCUGCUGCUCUCAUGGAGCUGACAUUCUCAGGAGAGGGCACACCCCAGGGUCACUCACACUCAGACACACACCCAGCGCCAACCAGCCUGAUCCCUGGAUCUGAGCGAGACCCCUCGCCGAUCCCCGUAAGUGAACCGCCUCCUGGUUGAAAUGACUAACACAGGGGCCCCACCGCCCCUCUUCCUCUUGCCCAUCGGGGCAAGGCCCCUCCAUCCCAUCGGGUCCUCAGGCCGAGGGACCACGGGGGCUCAGAGCAGGGAGAUGCAACCUCCUACUUCCUCCGCGGGGACCCCUCUCAGCCCCUCCCCCCAGUUCCGGCCACGCCCCUUUUUUGAUUAAGGAUCCUCCGUGGACGAAAAGCCCCCUCCACGCCUGCUGCUCCCAGACCCGCGCACACUCCUGUCCUCCACAGCUCACCUGCUCUGGACUGAAAGCCUGGCCUGCUACCCGCCCCCCGCAGCCCAGGCUCCCCACAACUGAUGGUCUGCAUUUCAGACGGCUGGGGGCACGGCCUCUCCGCCCACCGUCCAUGUUUAAGUGGAGCUCCUGCCAGAUAAGAAAGCCCCAGGAUGUCAUUUUAGUCCCCUUUUCAGGGACGUCGUGGGGGGAGGGGUUCUUGGUGCUACAGCCCUCCCUCCCCUCCCCUAGAAGGAACUCUCACCCCCCACUACACACAUCUUUACCUGCCUUCACCACAUAUUAAUUAGUGCUUGAUCCUGGUGGGGGACCCCACUGAAAAAGAUGGGGCGAAGAGCGAAAUAGAUGGGGAUGACGCCCCCUCCAGGGAGCUCGCUGGGAUUUCCACGCCCAUCACCCCUCACCCCGUGCCCGGGAGGGGACUGUGAACGUAAUAGCGUUCCCACAGUGCAAAUAAAGCCAAGGCUUCUUUCCCA